GACAGGCGACAUGGACCAUCAUCGGGUUGACAGGGUGGGCCUGCUGUCUCCCCUGGAGGAGUCCAGCGCUGAGAUCAGCACAGACAGCGGUAUAGUCUCACAGAGUGCGAGCAGUCUGUCGAUGGUGAGCGAAAUCCUCAGCAGCGGGACGGUGUCGCAGAGCCCCAGCUUUGGAGCAGCGGCGGGGGCAGCAGCAGCAGCUAACGUGAUUUCUCAAAGCCCGAGCCUCGACGAAGCUGCAGAGCCCGGGGCAACCGACCAGCACGACCCAGAGCAGGACGACGAAGUGCUGAGACACACCGCCCUCAGCUACUCCUCCUACAUUAGGGCGACAGCAGGAGACGAGAUCCUGUGUUUGGAGAAAAGCUUGGAAGAGAUGCUGACAAGAGUAGAUGAGUUUGUUGGAAUGCUGGAUAUGAUCCGUAACGAUACCUCGCAGAUAGUGAAUGAAAACCUACCUCAAAUCCAGCAGAAGUCUGAUGAAAUGAGACAGAUAUACAGAAGAAUUGAUAAGUUGGAGGCCUUUGUAAAGAUGGUGGGAGCCAAUGUCAGUGCAAUGGAGGAGCAAGUCACACAGGCAGAGGGAGAACUAGGAACACUACCGGGUGCUUUCAAGAAGAUCCUGCGCACAAUGACCGUCCCAGGCUUCUUAAAUAAGCCGGCCAGCCCAAGACGACCAGCACCACAUCAGCGUCAAGAAAUCCCCAGCGUGUUUCGGACAGACGAUUAUUUCACGUCACAGCCAGAACAGUGACGCGCUCAAACAUUUGAAGCAUAACUAUGUUCUAACCUCAGAGGCCUGUCAGGCGAAACUGCACAGACUACUUUUACUGCCAUCCAUUGCAAGGAGGAUCUAAUGGUGCAGUGGCCUGAACAAAGCAAUAGCAGCCUUUCUGAACAAGUCACUGGAAGACGAGCGCGUGAAAACUUUCUGCGUUCCAGAGUGUCAUUUUCCUGGCAGCAACAAACACUGAACUGUAGCAAAAUUAUUUUUAAAAAGUGCCUAAAUGGGUCUUUGGUUUUGUUUUCACUAAAGGUGAAGAAAAUGUCAGAUUUGUUAGAUUUGUGGCAAGUCAGGAGGACAAAGUCAUCCUACUCGCCUGUAGAGCACUGUAUAGAAGGUACAAUAGGAGGACCUGUAAAGAUCUUCAAAUAAUACACAAAGAAAUAACCCAGCUUUCUUUUUCUGAUUUACAUUCCUGUUGAUAGUGUUUGUAAAGACCUGCAUGCUGUUUAUGAUCUGAGCUAUGUUUCUGUGUGUCUCUUCACUCCCCAAGCAAUACUGAUCUUAUCCUGUUAAGCAUUUAAAGUCUUCCAUUUCAAAGUAUUCACUUUAUUUCAAGCCUUAUUGCCUCUCUGACACGAGGCUACAUCUUUGAUUGCACCUUUAGAAAUAAAGCACAUUAUAGUUUAGUUGUCACUAGCCGAUUAUGUUAUUGUGCCAGUGAUGAAGCUGCAAUUUAGAAAGUGGAGGAACUUUGGACCUAAUCUUUGGGGGCAAAUCAUACUUAAGAGAUUGAUUGAUUCAGUGUGGCCCUUGCCCUAAUGGUUGCAGCUUCUGCUCUGAUUCUUUGAUUACUUGCCAAAAUAGUUGUUAAAGAUGUUUCAUUUUACAUGUUGGAUUUGGUUUACGAUUUUGAGAUAAUCAUUAAAAAAAUGAG